AUGUCUACCAUUCAGCAACUCAAGAACUUUAUCCGGCACGGCAAGCAAGCUCGUGCCGCUGCUCCUGACGAGUCUCCACGCAAGACAGAACAGCAACAGGCGCCCACAGUCCAGCACAAGACAGCAUCAGAUCCCAGUAACACCCACUACGCAAGGGCACAGGAGCCCGGAAACGAAUAUGGCGAUGACGAUUACGCCCGCAGCAAGAGCAAGAAGCGCGUCGACGAUGAGAAGCUCGCCAAGCUUAUUGCUGAGGAGAAUGCCAGCAAGAGCAAAUUCCCUCGUUACCCCGGCCUCGAGCGUUGGGAACUCGUCGACAAGAUGGGUGAUGGUGCCUUCAGCAAUGUUUACCGUGCCCGCGACACAACAGGUCAGCAAGGCGAGGUCGCCAUCAAAGUUGUACGCAAGUACGAGAUGAACAGUAUGCAGCGAUCAAAUAUCUUGAAGGAGGUCCAGAUCAUGCGACAACUUGACCACCCCAAUAUUAUCAAGCUCGUCGAGUUCUCCGAGUCGAGGCAAUAUUAUUACAUCAUUCUGGAGCUUGCCCCUGGUGGUGAACUUUUCCACCAGAUCGUCCGCUUGACAUAUUUCAGCGAGGAGCUUUCUCGACACGUUAUUGUUCAAGUGGCCAAGGCUCUUGAAUAUCUCCACGAGGAGAAGGGUGUUGUUCAUCGUGACAUCAAGCCCGAGAAUAUUCUGUUUGAGCCUAUUCCUAUAGUGCCCUCUAAGCACCCGAAGCCUAAGCAGCCCGGCGAUGAGGACAAGGUUGACGAGGGCGACUUCAUUCCCGGCCAAGGUGCCGGUGGUAUCGGACGCAUCAAGAUCGCCGAUUUUGGUCUCUCCAAGAUUGUUUGGGAUAACCAGACAAUGACGCCUUGUGGAACUGUUGGCUACACAGCACCUGAGAUCGUAAAGGAUGAGCGAUACUCCAAGUCUGUCGAUAUGUGGGCGCUAGGAUGUGUGCUAUACACUCUGCUUUGCGGUUUCCCGCCAUUCUAUGAUGAGAGUAUCGAGGUGCUCACUGAGAAAGUUGCCAAGGGCCAGUACACUUUCUUGUCUCCAUGGUGGGACGAGAUCUCAAAGUCUGCCCAGGAUCUUAUCAGCCAUCUCUUGACUGUGGAUCCUGAGAAGCGAUUUACGAUUACCGAGUUCCUCGCUCACCCGUGGAUUGCCGGAAACGGACCUACUCCCCGAGAUGAGAUGAGGAAGUCUGAUGGUAUGCUCAAAGCCUUUGAUGCUACGAAAUUCGAAGAGUCUGGCAAGCGAUAUGACUUCCGAUCUCCUGGCGCUGUUAACCUGCGUGAGGUCUUCGAUGUCGGUUAUGCUGUUCAUCGUCAAGAGGAAGAGGGCAAGCGAAGGGCGCAGAUUGGCCCCAAGGGCACACCAGCACGCUUCCUCGGCGGCCUCAACGAGGAAGACGAAGACGAUGAUGUCAUGCAGAUCGAUGGUCAAGAUAACACCGGCGCCAAGCCCAACGCAGCGACUCAGGCCCUUGAGCAAAGUAUGCGAAAGGCCAAUAUCCGAGACCAAGAGCAACAGCAACAGUCUCGGGGUCGUGAGCGUGAGCGUACUGAGAGAGGCUACGGCCAACAUUCGGCAACAGUUGCCGCGGCUGCUCGACAGCAGGUCCGUGAGCGCAAUCGCCAGCGAGGAGCAUUCGAGCUCAACCUGGACAACGCUACCCUUCUGGGCAAGCGAAACAAGAAGGUUCCUGUCAUGGGGGUAUAG